UUUACGGCAGCAGGAAUCAGCUAUCAGGAUGGCAUCUAGAUGUGAAGUCUUCUUAGAGAUCCUCAUCGCAAUAUUCAUCCCGCCACUCGGUGUUUGCCUAAGAGAUGGCUGCUGCAGCUGCGAGUUCUUCAUAUGCUUGGUCCUGACGCUUUUAGGUUACAUCCCGGGCAUUAUCUACGCCGUCUACGCCAUAGUGGUUAGAGGCUCCCACCCGGACGAUCAGUGGCGUCCUCUCACUGCAUAGUCCUCUCUCUCUCUCCAUAAUAUUCACAUUUUCCAAUAUUCCCCUUCCUAUUUUUCUACUUCCAUAUUAGAAUUCUUGCACCCACAUACUUAUUCAGUAAUUUUGAUAUUUCUAUUAAACUCGAACCAAGUUGUAAUAGCCCAAUUCAAUUUGUGGAGAACCAAUAAAUAUCUGAUGCCUUGA